ACUUCCUCAGCUGGAGAAGGAAGUACAAUCUCUGUUGGGCCUUUUUAACAAUGGAGUCAAUAUGAUUGUCCCACUUCAGGUACUGAGAGAUGCCCAGGAAUCUGAAUGACUCUACUGCAGUCACAGUGCUGUUCAUGAUGCAUCAAGACAGAGUUAGGAACAAAGGAGUCUCCAUAUGUCCAGUUCUACAGUUAUGCAUAUACAGUCUUGUCUGACAUUUUAGUUCUAACUACAGCCUGUAAGAUGGACCUGCACAAGUUUCCAUUCGAUAUCCACAGCUGCAAUCUGACGCUUCAAUCUUCAGCAUAUUCAAUUGAGGAGCUUAAAGUUCGAACAUUCUUGGAUUCAGACUGGGCAACCGACAAGUCGAAGCAGACUUUUCAGGCCCAGGGAGAGUGGGAGCUCCUCAGUAUAAAUAUGGUUAAGUCUAACAUUUCUGUGGGCUAUGAAUGGGAUAUGAAGGAUCAGCUGAUAUAUCAGAUCACCAUAAAGAGGAGACCUCUGCUGUAUGUCAUCAACAUCAUACUUCCAGUAUUUUUUUUCCUUGUGCUGGAUGUGAUGUCCUUCUUCAUUGAUGCAAGUGGAGCAGACAAGCUGAGCUUUAAAGUGACUUUACUGCUGUCUAUUUCUGUGUUGCUGCUGAUUCUUAAUGACACGCUGCCCUCUACAGCUGAUAAAAUCCCACUGAUUGGGGUGUACUGCAGUGUGAUUUUCAGUCUAAUUGGCAUCAGCAUUCUGGAGACCAUCCUCGUGAAUUUUCUGAUGGCCAAAGGAGCAGAGAAGAGAUCAGCAGCAUCACUAGAAACCACAACUGCUGAUGCUAUAAGAUCCCUGCAGAGCCCUCAAGGCUCAGUUAGAGAUCAGAAUGAAGAACAUCUGAAGCAGAUUCUAACUGAUUAUUUGGCUGCAACUCAACAAAACCAACAAGAAAAGGCAACUCUGUGCUGGACUGGAGCGGCUAGAAUCAUAGAUGUGACCUUCUUGGUUCUUUACAUAAUAACCAUUAUUGUGUUUCUGUCUGUGCUUGGGAAGGUUUGGUUUCCAUAGUGAUAUCUUAUAUGAGAUGGCACACAGUACUAAUAUCUAUUCAUAGUGUUUUAAUCAAGGUUUAAUGCAGAUUGGGUUUAGUUUUAUAUUCAUGGAAUGUGUUUCAUUAUUAUUAUUUCAAGUUUCUUCCUCCUUGCAAAAACAAUGCAAAAAAGAAAUGAAAAAAAAACCCACCUGCUUGAGCUAAUCAUUUUUAAAAAUUUUUUAAACAACAACAACUGUGAAAUGCAUGGUAGCACAGGGUUCCAAACAUCUACCAUUAAUGGAAAUAACAGUCAAAGAGCAUCAACUAAAGCAACAUGUUUAGACUGAAAAAAAGCUGGGAAAAAAGAGAUGAGGAGAAACACAAGAACUUCAACUGAUUUCCUGCCACAGCUUUAGAUUAAAUCAACUGGAAUGAAAGAAGACAUUAAAUCUCUCAAAAUCUGAUGAUGAAAUAGAUUUCUUUAAAUUAUCAUUCAUAACAUAGCCUACAUUUCCCUCAGUCAACUCAGACAAAACAUAAAAAACUUGGUUCUUGGUCCCGCUGUGUCCUGCACCCCGAUAGUCCCCUUCAAAACUUAAAAUGAAGUGAGUUACUUUUUUUAAAAGGGUAGAUUUUCUUUUGUUUAAAUAUUUUCAAUUAUGAGUAGCUUGUAUGGAGAUUCUUCAGUUUAAACGUAGCUUCAGCAGCACUGAUUGGUAAAUGAUAAAUGCAUAAUUUGGACCAGAAAACUUCCCUACAUCUCCUGCUAUUAAGAGGGUUCACUGCACUCCUUUGUUUCAGAACAAUGCCAUUUUAUAAUAAAGGCAAAUUUGCAUUUUUUGCAAAAAUAAAUAAAUAAAUACAGUUUAUGCAGUAUAUGUCUUUCAGAGAACAAUGGAAACAGAUGCAUUUUCUAAAAAAUUUAAUUGACCAAAAAGUGAUACAACACAAUGUAAGUGUGUAAUAUCAUCCAUAAAACUCAACACCAAACAGAAUACCAUAAACACUGAUUGUUUUCCUGAACACUUUCUCUAUCAUCCAUUGUUCUGACAAACACCUGCUGUAUACAAAUGCAGAAAUAAACCAUUGACAAUGCCAUCAUGAAGUUGCUGCACAACUGGAACAAGGGGAAGGUCAAAAUAUGUUCGUUAUAAACUUAUAUCUAAAGCUAUUCUUUGCAUUUAGUCACAAUAGAAGUGAAUAAUAAUUACAAAGUAGUAGCAUAUAGUUAAAAAUGCAAAAUGUUCUUAAUAAUUGUUUGCCUCUUUUUGUUAUUUAAGGGAAGAAAAAGUAUUUUCUGAAGUUAACUUUGCAUGUGGUUUGUAAAAAUAUCGUUUGGCUGCUUAUUUACUGAAAACUAAUUACUUUUUGUUGUUAUUGUUCUUGGGGAGUAGCCAAUGUUUUUAAGGAGUUUUGUUACGUAUUUCUGAAUUACACACCUGUUUCCAUUUGUAUCCAAUAUAUAUUUUAUUAUAUUGUAUUUGUUGAUUAAUUGCCUCUCUCUGGAUACAUUUUCAUAAUUAAC